AUGGACGCCCUCCUCAUCUCUCCUUCGCGGGAACCCCAAAAGCCAGUCACUGAUCCGGCGGCGAAUCAUCAGCCGGAGACCCUCCGCGACGAACUCAAAGAUGAUAUGAUGAAGAAGAAGAUAAAUUCAUCGACUUUAGAAAGGAGAAAGCUUAAGGCAAAGAAGAAAGAGAUGAUGAACAGCGAAGAAGCUUCAUCCUCAUGUUCUUCAUCCUCUACAACUAAACCUAAUUAUAGUCGAAGGGUUUCACGAGUGUAUCAAAUAUUUCGAAAACCUACUUUGCGGUUAGGUAUGCCUCGACGAAGCGUUGGGGAACGACAAGCCGAAGCCUUGGCCCUUCCUUUGGGAAUGUCACUUGCGGCUUUUACUAAUCUGGUUCUUAAGAAAAGUGCCGCCUCUGGUCAGAAUGUUUAUGUCAAUGAUCUUGCAGUAAUUUCUGCUUCCAUUGUCAAAGAAUCUUUAGCCAAUGUCUAUGGUUAUAAGCUUGGUUCCUUUGAGACCAACUUCAAGAGAUCAUUUAAGAGCACUCUCAAGAUCCUUAACUUGGACAAAGAAUACGCAUCUCCGCAUCAGCUAAACAAAAGUGACGUCGAGAGGUUUAGCUUAGAUCGUUCUUCUACGGAGGGAUGCUCAGACACGGAGGAAACUUCAUCUGUUACCUCUGAUUAUGAAGCAAUUCAAGGCGGUGCAAGAACAGGCUCUUCGAUGAACGAGAUCGUCCUGCACGAAGGGACUCGACAACUCUUUGCUGUCCCUAGAAGAAGCUCAGCAAUGUCAUCGACCCCAAUGGAACAGCUUUUAGCGAGAGCAAACGACCUAGAAACCAUAAAGAUUGGUCUUGAAAUGGAAAAACUAACGGUGUCAAAGAAGAAGCUAGCAGUGAGCUACGAAUCGAACAACCUGAAGAGAGCCGAGCUAGAGAUGGGUGCUUCGAAAGCAGCAUUCAGCGAGGACAAGUUCAAAACAGAGUUAGAAGAUACAAAGAAAGACGGUUUCGUCAGAGAGACCAUGGAGUGGCUCGUCGUAAGCGUCUUCAUCAUGCUAGGGUUUAUGCUAUACGGCGCUUCCGUCUUCUCACAGCAGAAAAUCAAGGAAGCUACCUCAAUAUGCCAGCCAUACGAGGAGGAAAGUUCUCAUUGGUUUGUUCCUACACAAGUCUCAUGGUUGAACACAGAGUUAACCAUCUUGUUUUGCCGGCUUGGAGUGUGGGCCAAGUAUUCCUCUGGUGUCUUCAUGAUCAUCAUCUUCACCUACUUCAUAAUCCAACCCUCAUCAUCAGGAACGAAGCAGACGACGGUUACUUUCAUCGUUCUUUUCCUCGGUUUUCUUUUCGGUUUAGCCGGUAAAUUUACGGUGGACACAUUGGGUGGAAACGGUAAACUCUGGCUAUAUCUUUGGGAAACGUUUUGCAUUUUGCAACUCGUUGCAGUUGUCUUCACGUUGGCUACGUAUCGUUUGAUCUAUGGUCCGAUCACUGUGGCUCAAGGAUCGAGGCGUUGUUACCCUAAGGUUCCGUAUUGGGCACGGCGCUCUUUCUUCUUUGGUAUGAUUCGGUUUGUGCUUCCUUCGAUUACCGGUCUUUUGGCAUUUGCGACAUUUGGUGAAUGGAGAGAUCAUCUUCUUGGUGGGCCGAGUUCUGAAGUUUGA